AUGGCUAAGCUUUUAAUUCCUUGGUGUUGUGUCUACUUGUUUUGUUUUGGAUUGAUUUUCUUGAAAUCAAACGCAGCAUCAGUAACGUACAAUGUAUUGAGCUUUGGAGCAAAAUCAGACGGCAAAAGUGAUGCAACUCAGCCAUUUGUGAAAGCAUGGGUUGCUGCAUGCAGCUCAGUGAAGUCAGCCACCAUUUACGUUCCUGGUGGACAGUACUUAAUUAAGGCUGCAACAUUUAGAGGGCCAUGCAAAAGUAAAAUCACUGUAAAAAUCGAUGGAACUCUUGUGGCUCCGUCGGAUUAUCGCGCCGUUGGCAACUCCGGCUACUGGAUUUUGUUCAUUCAAGUUAACCGGAUUUCGGUCAUAGGAGGAACUCUUGAUGGAAAUGGAGCUGGAUUUUGGGCUUGCCGGAAGUCAGGGAAGAAUUGCCCUGUUGGAGCUAGGUCUAUAACGUUCAACUGGGCAAAUGAUGUUGAGAUUGAAGGCUUAACAUCAGUCAAUAGCCAGUUAAUGCACUUGGUAAUAAAUAGCUGCAAGAAUGUGAUGGUUAAAAAUGUAAGAAUAAUAGCACCAGAGUUAAGUCCCAAUACUGAUGGCAUUCAUGUCCAAUCUUCAACUGGUGUUACUAUCACUGGGACAAGUAUCAAAACUGGAGAUGAUUGUAUAUCUAUUGGCCCUGGCACAAGAAACCUUUGGAUGGAGAAGAUUCAAUGUGGACCUGGACAUGGUGUUAGCAUUGGAAGUCUAGCAAGAGAUUACAAAGAAGAUGGUGUGCAGAACGUGACAUUAAUUAAUUCAGUGUUCACUGGAUCUGAUAAUGGAUUAAGGAUAAAGUCUUGGGCAAGACCCAGCACUGGUUUUGUCACUAACAUUAAUUAUCAAAACAUUAUCAUGAGGAAUGUUGACAACCCAAUCAUCAUUGAUCAAAAUUACUGUCCCAACAACCAAGGCUGUCCAGGCCAGACUUCUGGUGUAAAGAUCAAUCAAGUGACAUAUCAAAAUAUAUUAGGAACAUCAGCAACGCAAGUAGCCAUGACUUUUGACUGCAGUCCAAGCAAUCCAUGCAGUGGAAUAAAGUUACAAGACAUAAAGCUUACUUAUUUGAACGGAAAAGCUCAACCUAUUUGCAAGAAUAUUAGAGGAAAUACUGGAGGAAUCAUCUUGCCUCAUAAUUGUUUAUAUUAA